GAAAAAAAUAUCGUGAGAAGAAAGAUUUGUGCAAGAUUCGCUGCAUUAUUCGCAUCCCACGGAAUUUUCUCCCGCAUAGAAAACAUCGCCCUCCUUCAUAGUGCAGCAGUGCUGUGUUAUCAACGAUCGUUUGUAGGGCAGAGAAGGAAGACAGACCUCGUACGUAGCAUGUUUGCAUAGUACACUGGAUAAAGUGCAGUAGAACAUUGUAGUACAUCAGCGCUCACGCUAGAACCAAACCUUGUACACCUCAACACUAACGAAACCACCAGUGAAAAGCUUUAUUGCUGUAGAAAAGACCGCAGCGAAAGCAGAGCUAAUAUAGUUCUGUGUGCGUUCCAUUCGGGGAACAAGCUCGCUGUGUUCGAUCGCGAAUUGUUGCCACCUUUAAAGUACGGCUUACCGAGGCUAAACACUUUUGCAAUCGCUCGGACGAUUGCCUUGUACUUCGCUCUACAUCCGUCAAAAUACGAUUCAAAAGAGGCAUCAUGUAUUGGGACUCGCUAAGUACGCAGUCCGACGUUGACGCACUGCUCAGCAAAGAGGGUUUAACCCUGGAAGAGGUCCUGGAUUAUGAAAACGUUCUACAAGAAUGUAAAAGUCAGAAUUCCAAGCUGUUGCAAUACUUAAAUCGCACGGAGAUAUUCGAUGCAUUGAUCGAUCUCAUCAUUCAGGAACCGCCCGCUGAUGUCGAUGACAAUAUACGCUUCAUGCAUUCCAACAUGGCGUGCGAAAUACUUACCAGUGAUGUACCGUCCUUCAAAACGCAUCUCGUCGAGAACCAGAACUUUCUGAACAAGCUGUACAGUUUUCUCGUGAAGGAACCGCCGCUCAACCCACUGCUGACCUCGUUCUUCUGCAAAACGUUCGGCAUGCUGAUCACGAAGCAGAACGAGCAGGAUUACUUUUCCUACAAAUCUGUGUGCCUGCAAGUAUUAGAGUUUAUCAAAUCGAAGAAAGGUUUCCUGCCGACGAUUUUGAAGCACUUUGGCAACCAGGUCAUCAGCGAUCUGCUGCUGUCCCACAUCACCGACAUCGAGGAUGCUGAGUUAAAGUCUGAACUGCUGGAAUGGCUGAAUGAACAGAAGAUGGUAGCCGAAAUCAUAAACUUGCUGAAGCAACAGGGCCAGGUGCAGAAGCAUUACAACGCAUCACAGUUUCUAAUCGAGCUCAUCAAGAUCAGCCGGUGUAAACGACAGAACGAGCAACAGGACAAAGUCACUUCGGACCCUAUUCUAGAUACUCUGGAAUGUGAAAUGACAACGAAACAAUUGCUUGAUAUCAUCCUUGAGGAAAAUGGCGAAGAAAGUGCAAUCGUUGCAGGAAUUCAAAUAAUCUUAAGACUGCUGGAAAACGCGAUAAUACAAGAACCUGUUUCAGACACAGCACUGCAAAAUGUAAUCGAUGCUGAAAAAGAGCACCACGACAUGGUCGUAAACCGAUUGGUUAACGUGAUCAAACCCCGAGUCGCCGAAUUUGUUGAGAUUUUAAAAAAUCCUCCCGUGAAACCGGACAUAAUUACCACCUUCGGCAUACUGUCACCACCACUGGGCAACGUGAGACUUCAGAUAUGCAAUUUAUUUACAGUAUUAAUAGAAACAAAGAAUAAGAAUGUAAUCCAAUCCAUUUGUGAGACGGACUAUUAUAACACCUUGCUCAACUUAUUCAAGCAAUACCCUUGGAAUAAUUUCCUCCAUAGUCGUGCAAAAGUGUGUAUCAACUAUGCAAUUGGUUCGUUCGAGACUGACAAUGAGGCAGAAUUAGAAGCCCAUCUGCUUACCACUAAUUUACAGCGAUACAUAAUCUCAGAUUGUAAGGUGGUACCUAAAAUGUUAGAAUUAUAUUUAAAUAAUUCACAAUUUGAGUUUGGAAGGCUUGGUUACAUGGGCCAUCUGAUUGAAAUGUUCGAUUCAUUGUCUACUACCUUGAAGCUCUCGGAAGAAAUCCGUGCCUUAGUACAAUCAACGCUUACAGAGGAAGAAAAACAAAGCCUGUCAACGCUCAUUGAUGGAGAUGACAGUCAACUUGCGCAAACUCUAGCUGUGCAGAAGAAAUUUUUGGCUGAUAUGGAUCCUCAUCGUAUUUGUCCGAGUGAUGGAUCGCGUUUUGAUUGUGGUGGAAUGGUUGUUACCGAUUUACCAAAAAUGUCAGUGAUCGAAUUAGGACAGAUGAUGGACAGUAUCAACAAUGCAUUAAACAAUUUCGUCUUGGGAGACUUAGGAGACAUAGAGGCAUCUGAUUCCAAUCGAUGGGCAGAUUUUAGUUCUACAGACCAAUUGCUGGAUCUCGGCAACGAGCCAUCUCGGUUCGGCGGUGAUGGAUUAACCGAGGACGACAGUGAUCCGUUCGGUUUGCGGAUGUUUGGGAUUGAUAGGGAAAAGAUAGACGAUGAUAAUGAGGAUAGCGAUCCCUUUGCACCGGUACAGUCUGCAACUAACGCUCAGGAUGCGAUCCUCGCCAAAGAUAUGCUGAUGGGCGACGGCAUGCUGUUUCAGAAAUCAGAUUUGGAUCUUUCUUCGCUCGCAUCGUCCGGCCUUGUUGACAGUGAAAGUAAUAGUGAUAUGCCCCUUACCGGAGGCAUGGAUCACAACAUUUUGAAAUUUUUACAAGCAGUCAACGAAGCGGGUCCUUCCUCAACGGCAAUGUUGGAGGAUAAUUUUGCCGAUUUCGAAUCAGUGCUUGGUGUGACUGGUGUUUCGAGUGCUGUCGGCAGUAAAAGUGAAUCAGAAAUCAGCGGCCUUCCCUCGUCUGUAGCUACUUCAUCCGAUCCCACGAUCAGCUCCUUUAAUCGACAGUUUGAGAACAUAUUCAAAGAAGAUACACCACCAAGAGGGGACCAACCAGUAAGUGUUGAGACAGGAAAGGCAAGCGAUGGCAUGCUGGAAGAGCAAUCGGAAUUGGAAGUGAAAUAUAGGGACGAGAAAUCUGAUGAACAUAUCGAACAGGCUUCUUCAACUCCUGAGGUUGUUAAUGAUUCAAAUGAAGUCAGUGGCACACCUGUUAAUGGUAAAACGAUCGAUGCAGUACCGGAUGAUUCGUCCGUCGCAAACCCCGUAACCGAACAUAAUUCAUCCAUCGCAGCGUCCGAUAAACUUCUACCUUCGUCUACAGCUACUUCAUCCGAUCCAGCGAUCAGCUCACUUAAUCAAAAGUUUGAGAACACAUUCAAAGAAGAUACACCACCAAGAGAGGAGCAUGUUUCGUCCGUCGCAAACCCGGUAACCGAAAACAAUUCAUCCUCCGUAGCGUCCGAUAAAUUCUCCGAACAUACUGAUCGCAGUAAAGACGCAAAAGUUGAAACAACUGAGAGCGCUACUAUUGACCAAUCUGAAGUAAUCAAUGGUAAUGAAAGCAGUACUGUAGAUAAUACUACUCCAAAAGAAGAUGCUAGCAGGUCCACGCUACCGACUGGUGCUUCUGCUUCGGUAGAAAGUAUCGAAAAGGACGCAGUUGAUUCAAACGCUACUUGCGUAAGCUCCGUUGCCGAUGCGAAUGAUUCGAGUGGAACGCCGGACAAUUGAGGGUGUCCGCAAUCCUGUCGGUGCCUUCAGCAUCAGACAACGCGCCAAUCGUGCCCAUCGUCCGUACGCCAAUCAAAAACACAGACAGAAACGGUUCAGCCAAAGCAGCGCCAUCGACGCCGCCGUCAGAGACGGCGACAAAUACAGCAUACAUCCAAUGCGAACGGUACCAUCGUUCACUGCUAAAUCCACUGCACUCGGUCCACGGCUGUAUAUCAAGAUCGAACGCUGAGUGACACCGUGAGUGGAAGAAGGGUGGUUAUUAAGGUAAGAGCUUAUUUGAUAAUCGCAAGCGAGAGAAUCAGCGCGAUCCUCCGAUGCACAGAGUAAUGCGAACAUAAUCGUUCAAUUAAAUUGACGUAUUGUGCUGAUAGAAAAGUCUGCACUGUAAAGGCAUUUCUGGAGAUCAAGAAAGAUAAUCAGUUUUACUACUCAGAGCAUAGUUCUGGUUAUGUUGUUUACACGCCAACAGAGAAUCAAAACAAACCCAGAGAAAACGUUAUACACAAGAUUUUAUAGUUCAUAUCCUUUUUUUUUUACAUAAAAUUUGUAGUAAUUUCUGCCUGUUCUUUUCAUGAUCUUGGAACGUGUUAUGUUCAUUCAUCUUCAUGCCUUACGCAAAUGUGAUCCAAGGUACCGCAACACAUAAAGAGCCGAACUCUGUUACCUCAAGUUAGAAAUCGCCUACAUUAAUGCUUCAUAAGAUCCACCAUAAUACUUAUACCAUUACAUAGCCGCACUGAUGCCGAAUUACUUGCCAUAAUUCUUGCCACGAUGGCAUGAUGCACCCAUCCGGUGGAAAAAAGUAUGUACCGCAUUGUAACUCAUUUUCGCACGAAUAAUUCUUUCUUGACUAACGGCGAUAAAUACCACUGUCGUGUGUUUGAUUAGAAACUCGAGCAAUAAUUAGUUCAAAGAAAGGAACAAAAAGUGAGCUUAACAUUUACGUUUGGUAAGAUUUUCAUUGAAUUAAUAGAAUGCUAGCUGGGCAGCUCGCACGUUUAGCUCCUGUGUACAUGGUUUAAAUGUAUGUUGAACGAAACAAAAUCUUUUACGACGCAUGGGUGAGUGGGAUUUAAUAAAAUAGCUUUUAUACGUUUCCCAAUUUUACGAAAGCUAGUUUCUAAAGCACAGAUACAUUCGUAGGUGUGGUAAUUGCGGCACACGGAACAAUACUGAUCGUAGUGGAACCUCGUAGCGACACACAAAGUGCGAGGUACUUCGGUAGUGCAGGAGUUGUAGUGACACGUCUAGCAUAAAAGUUAUCAAAUUGUGCUGUGAAACUAUAGUAAAACUUGCUUUGUGUACUAUGCAUAUGACUGGUUGAAGGUGCAUGGGUGCGAAUUGAAAGCGUAAAACUACGUAAUAUACGGCACAGUUGAAAUUGUCCCAUUGAGCUACAGAAGAAAAAAAAUGUUCGAAAACUCGCUAAAGCGCACUUUACCUUUUUGGGCGUAAUUAAUUUAAUUUCAUACCGUUUUAUGAAUAGUGCUUAGGUAGACACAACCAAUCGUUUUUAUGGAAAAAUCCGUUUGUUGAGUCGAUGUUGGGUUGCGAUGGGAGAUCAAAUCGUCGGAACAUGUUGUGCUUUUGGUUGAGUUUGGAUGCCUUUUUCGUCGAUUUAGGACAGUCGCUUGGGGGGAAACGGUGGCUCUGAAUGUUAGGUGGGUAAUUUAUGUAAGCAAACCAAAACUAAAACUAUUGAUGUCAUAUCAAAAAAGAACACACACACACACACACAAAUGGUAGUCACUUGAGGUAUAACAUAUUAUGAAAAUAUAGGGGAUGCAAAAAAGCAACUGUAGCUUAGCUUGACCGCGUGUAUAUUUAUAGAUAACACAAUAGAAAUGCUGUCCUCAUGUACUAAGGUCAGGAAAUUAUGGCAAUGGAUAAAAUCAAUGGUUUUCAAGAAUGCUUUGAACACGUUUUUUUAUAACGCAGUUCGUUACGAAGGUAGCAAUUAGGGAGGACAAAUGCUCCACUCAGUGAGGAUGUUAACUUGGCCAAGGUAACAGCGAGGACAUUUUUGCGUUCUAAACACGCGUUAAAUAAAUCCUGCAGAAUGCAGGAUAAUUGCACUGUGUUAGUCGACUGUCACACAUGCACACACUUUCGAGGAAGCACAGUACGGCCGAAAUUCAGUCAAAGUAAUUAAAAAAAAGCAUGCUGUCCUGAUAGUGAAGCGACACACCACUUGAUCGUUCCCGUUGUAGUGUGUUUGUAGUAAGCGACAAUAAGUUCAACUGUAUGUAGCGCCGGCAGAUGUGUUCAUUUGAUUUGAAUUGCUACCGUUUUGUCGAAGGGUCUUUGUUAAGCUGUAGUAGUGUCUGUUAAGUUUGAUUAUUUUUGUUUGUUUGUUGUGUAUGAUCGUACGAUCGAGCUAAAUCAAACGAAGCGAACAAUCAAUUACGCAUGGUUUUAUGUCUUGACAGUGCGCGGUAUAUGUUCCGCGCUGCUUUGUAUGUGUUUUAUAGAGCAAAAAACAAAGGGUAAUUUUAUGUGGAACAUAGCAACAAUUAGCAGUGAAGUGGUAAAGCGAAAUGCGCGCCUAACCCAGCUGGUAACAGUACGUCCAAUUAUGUUUGGUUUCAGUAACAUAAAACAUGUUUUCCAAUCAUGCGCUUUAUGCUGAGUGAUAGCAACGCGAAUGCAGUUCGUUGCUUAUGAUGCAUUAUCACCCCCAGAGUGCGAGGAAUCGGAAACAUAACAUAUGAUACGUAUCAAGGCAGGCAAAUGGUUUUGGUCAAUUUGUACGUAAUUCGUUUAAAUUAAUCCCUAGCUAUGUUGCCCACCAAUGGGACGAAAAAUAAAAAUAGUUACGUCUUUCAUUCUUGAAAAACUAAAGGAAGUGUAUGAACAGAGUAUGAAUAUCGACCUAUAACGAAAUGAACUAAUUCGUCCAUCAUUAUAUUACUUCAUUGCAAGCUCGUAAAAUAAUAUGUCGUCAGACACGAGGACUGUGAGUUCUGUCCCAAAGCUUUCCUAAGCUGCAGGAAAGCAUAAAACAUAUUUAUGUAUAAUUUUACUAUAGACGGCAAACGGAACCCCGAUGCGCGUUGCUUGGUGUCGACGAACAUGUGCAGUAAAACGCGCAUUAUCACAGGUAGUGUUCAUAUGUUUUUCUUUUGUUUGAGUUUCCCUUUUGAACCAAGUGCCCCGAUUGAAAAUGAAAAUGGUAGCUACUAUCAAUUACGGAAAGCAAAACCGCGAUCGUACGAUGAUUGUAAAUUAGCAUAUGGUCGAUACAUAAUGUAACGAUAUAUAAAUAUAAAGAAAUACUUGGCCUCCUGUCUGUGAGAAAAGUAAAUGAACAAGGAAAAAUACAUAUAUACACUUAUACAGAUAUAUAUAUGAAUUAAUGAUAUUUACAUUGUAAAAACAAAAAAAAAACUAAUGGGUCUUCCGAGGGAACAUCAUUUCACACAACACAAAAGUCUGUGUCUUUUAAGCUGGUAAAACGUUAGAGAGCUAGUACGGCGCCCCCAGUAACUAAGGCGCAACAAGGCUUCUCGUUGGCGCGGAACGCUAGUGCAUUGAACAGUUAGUCCCUAACUCCCUUCAAUUCUUUGUACAUUGUAUGUGUAACGAUAUAUUGCGUGUAUCAUCUCUGUGUGUUACGGUACUGUAGAUAAGUUAAAGCGAGUCGCAUAAACACUCUCAUUCCUAAAUGGCGGCAUUUGUUGGUAGCGCACAAUGCUGACGCGAAGGACCACAAUACAUAAUCUAAUCCCCAUGUAAGGGAUCGCUGCUAGACAUGCGUUAACAGAGAAAACAGGAAACAGUGGUUUAUUGUGUAUGGUGUAUACACAAAUAGUAUUACAGCUCCUAAAUAGCAUAGUACUCUAGUGGUAAAGCUAUCGGACUUUACUAAAAACCAACAGCAACACAUUUUGUAAGACAAAAACACUAAACAUUCUCGAACAAACGUACAAAUCUUGUGGACUCACACACACACACACCCGCACACACACCUACGCGCAUACAAUCCUGUACAGAGGACAUCCAAAAGGCUACACUAAACAUUGACACUACUUAUAUUACUGAUAGUUGCAUCCUGUGAACGCGCCGCACCGUAUAGAGCGCAUCUGUGUGAAUUCGAAUCGAUAAUGGAGAUGGUGGACUGUGUGGACCGAAAACUUAACUGAAAUUCUACGCGAAUGCCAAUGAAAAUGCCACAAGUUAUUAUACGCUUUCGAUGGUUCUUUGUCGGUUUGUUCCUACUCUACGCUAGCUAGCACACACCGGGAAUAAAGCGCAAAACAUGUUUCGCAAACGCAUCAGAGGUGGUGUUACCGUUACGAGCAAACACGAGUCCAAUGCGCCAUUGUUUUGCGUGCUGCUAAAUCUUACAUCCUGUGCCAGUAACGUACACCGAAACGAACCGGCCCAAUCGGUGACAGGUUUUAUGUUUGUGUUUUGUUCAAUGCACAUUCUGUCUCUGGCCACACUCGGUUGAGUAUUUCGAACAAAUUGCUCAAAUUGUGCAAUUUACCUCGGUUCACAUCAAGCAGCGGUGUGCUUGAUCCCGCGCCGCACUGUAGUGAAUAAGAUAGCGUAAGCGAUUUUUAUGUAUAAUAAUGUAUAAGCUAGUGGCGAAAAGUGUGCUUUAAAAAAAAAAACGAAAGGAUUCCCCCGGUGUGCGGAUGUGUCGUCCAUCGGACGGCGACGAUAAGAGCUUUUUUUUUCGAACCAAUGACGACGAAAAAUCACGUCAUAAACCCGUGCUAAAUAAGCCUUAAACCAAACUAACACUUAUCGAUUAUUAGGAUCCGUUCCGUUGCGUGUAAGAGAAUGUUCCAUUACCUUGCGAUACAUGUAAACGAUCCAGGAUGCACACACCGUUAGCAAUUUCCCGUACGAUUCGUUUGGGGUUGGGAGGCGCAAGUUGGGAAUGGAAACGUCAUUCGGACGUCAAAGGUUUAUUAUGAUUAGCCCGUACGGAAGCAAAAUGCAAAGGAGUUUUGUUAGCGCACAACGCAUAUACAUAUUAUAUAGUGAUCACUAAUUCAUACAUGCACGAGUGAGUGAAUCGUAACGCAAGUGGAAACAAAUACAAACAAAACAAAAAGGAAUCUAAAACAUAACUAUGUACUGGAAAAUAAUAGCAAACGAAGAGAAGCAAUAUUUGCAAUCGGAACAAUGAAGGUAAAACUAGCAAAAGUAAAGUGUGCAGGAAAAUAAAACAAGAAAAAAAACAGAAGAAACACGUAUGUUAGACUAAUGAGAGGAAGUAAAACAUAAUUACACACCCGUAAGCAAAUGCUAAAGUAAAUAAUAUAUAUAAAUAUAUAACAUACACACCAUUUUACACUCAACUGAAGAAAAACAAAACAACUGAAAACCAACCAAGAGACAAUGAUUGAACAACAGUAGAUAAAAGAGGUUAGCUAAAGGAAGGGAAGGAAGGAAAUGAAAAGACAAUGAAAAUUAUGAUAAACACAGUUGAAAUGCUCUGUGCGUUUGUUUCAAGCUGUUUUAUUUCCGAUCGCAUUUUUGGUUUUGUCCAAAAGAUGCAAACAUAAAACACACAUGCCUAGGACAGAUUGCUCAUCAAUGCGUUUUUCCCCCCUCCCUCGGUGCCUGUUAGUGAAA